CACCCUCCAUUCUCAAACCACCUCACUCACCUUUCAUCUCUCUCACUCACUCUCUUCUAACCGCUUUCUCUCCUUUACCUCUGCCAUUCACGCACCUCCAGAUGGUCACAGUCGAGGAAAUCCGCAACGCCCAGCGCUCCCAUGGCCCCGCCACCAUUCUCGCCUUCGGCACCGCCACGCCCUCCAACUGCGUCUCCCAAGAGGAUUACCCCGACUACUACUUCCGCAUUACCAACAGCCAACACAUGACCGACCUCAAGGAAAAGUUCAAGCGCAUGUGUGAAAAGUCGAUGAUAAAGAAGCGUUACAUGCACCUGACGGAGGAGUUUCUGAAGGAGAAUCCAAACAUGUGUGCGUACAUGGCGCCGUCGCUUGACGUGAGGCAGGACAUAGUGGUUGUGGAAGUGCCGAAGCUCGGAAAAGAAGCGGCGAGGAAGGCGAUAAAGGAGUGGGGCCAACCCAAAUCAAAGAUCACGCACCUGGUGUUUUGCACCACUUCAGGCGUCGACAUGCCUGGAGCGGAUUACCAGCUCACCAAGCUUCUCGGCCUCAGGCCUUCCGUGAAGCGUCUCAUGAUGUACCAGCAGGGCUGCUUCGCCGGCGGCACCGUGCUCCGUCUCGCCAAGGACCUCGCCGAGAACAACAAGGGCGCCCGCGUCCUCGUAGUCUGCUCCGAAAUCACGGCCGUGACUUUCCGCGGCCCGUCCGAUGCCCACCUCGACUCCCUCGUCGGCCAGGCUCUAUUCGGGGACGGCGCGGCCGCGAUGAUCAUCGGAGCGGAUCCUGACAGAACCGUAGAACGUCCGAUAUUUGAAAUGGUAUCGGCCUCCCAGACCAUUCUGCCGGACUCUGACGGUGCCAUCGACGGGCACUUGAGGGAGGUGGGACUAACAUUUCACCUCCUGAAAGACGUGCCCGGAAUCAUCUCGAAGAACAUUGAGAAGAGUCUGACGGAGGCGUUUGCGCCGAUUGGGAUUAAUGACUGGAACUCGAUCUUUUGGAUUGCACAUCCGGGUGGACCGGCGAUUCUGGACCAGGUGGAGGAGAAGCUCCGGCUGAAACCGGAGAAACUCCGGUCCACUCGGCACGUUCUGAGCGAAUAUGGAAACAUGUCAAGUGCAUGUGUUUUGUUCAUUCUGGAUGAAAUGAGGAAGAAGUCGAAGGAGGAAGGGAAGGGUAGCACCGGAGAAGGGCUAGAGUGGGGGGUUUUAUUCGGGUUCGGACCGGGUCUAACCGUUGAGACGGUUGUGCUGCACAGCGUUCCGUUGGAGGGGUGAGUGAACGUGAACGUGAUGGUGAUGAUAUGAGUGGAUCAUACUAUGGAAAAUUAGUAUAUCACUGUAUAAUAACUACUAAUAAGGAAAGACCUCCAGAAUCUGAGGAAAAGUGUGAUUAUGUUAAUUAGUGUAAAAUUUGAUUAAGGAUUGAUGUUAGCAUAAAGCAUAUUAGUGGAAAGAUGAUGGUGUCUGUGAUUGAACUUGUGAAAGUUUUAGUGCUUAAUGCCAUUGAAUUUGGUUUUGGU